AUGGCCGACGAUUCAUCCAAAUCAUCGACAGAUCCCUCCGCUGCCGUCGGCCCCUCGAAAGAAGCGAACAAACUCCUCCUCGAAGAAACAGAACUCGACCAAGAUGGCUUUCACAACGAUCACCAGGACCACCUGGACAUGCAGCGCCUCGGCAAGAAACAGCAGUUCAAACGAACGUUUUCGCUGUGGUCGUCAAUUGGCUUCGUGGCUAUUUACAUGGCGACGUGGGAAUUUGUGCUGAUCUCGCUUGCGCCCGGUUUCACGAACGGUGGAUAUGCUGGUGUUUUCUGGUGUUUUGUUACCACGACUAUCGCGUAUUCUGCUGUUGUUGCGAGUCUGGCGGAGAUGGCUUCUAUGGCGCCUACGUCGGGUGGGCAGUACCAUUGGGUUAGCGAGUUUUCACCACCAAAGUAUCAAAAGGUUCUGUCUUAUGCUUCGGGGUGGAUGACGACGUUGGGAUGGCUGGCGAGUUUUGCCAGUAGUUGCUAUACUAUCGCUUUUCAGGUCCAGGCGUGCAUCAACGUUACGAAACCUGAUUUUGCGUUUACGACGUGGCAGAUUGCGCUGAUUAUGUGGGCUGUUAUCAUUGUCACCAUCGCCUUCAAUACUUGGGGCACUGCUUUUUUUCCGCAGCUCGAGACAGCGAGUCUGAUUGGUCAUCUUUUGGGAUUUUUCGCCGUCAUGAUCCCUCUUUGGGUUCUCUGCGACAAGAAUGACGCGCACGACGUGUUUCUGCAGUUUACGGACCAGAGUGGAUGGGAUAAUAUGGGCUUUGCGUACAUCUCGUCUCAGAUCUAUGUUCUCUGGUGCUGCUUUGGUUCAGACAGUAUCGUGCAUCUGUCCGAAGAAGUCAAGAAUGCGUCUAUCGUUGUUCCACGAGCUAUUUGGUGGUCAUAUGUUGGCAACGUCUUUUUUGGGUUCAUCAUGCUGAUUACCAUGCUCUUCUGCAUUGGCCCUCUUGAUGCUAUCAUCGAAGCGGACUGGCCCUUCAUCGCCCUCUUCGAUCGCACAGGCUCUCAAGGACUGAACUUGUUCUUCAAUGUCAUCUUGUGGCUUUUGGUUUACCUUGGUAACAUUACGACUCUUGCGACUUGUGCUCGCGAGACAUGGGCGUUUGCCAGAGAUAGAGGUCUUCCAGGUUCUCAGUGGAUUGGUCAUAUGGACAAGAAAUGGCACAUGCCCUUCAACGCUGUCUACCUUAUGUCCAUCGGCGCUGCUCUCCUCAGCCUCAUCCAAAUUGGCUCCGACGUCGCCUUCACUGUUCUGGUUUCGCUUUCAACACUGGGAAUCAUGAGCACUUACCUCCUCAGCAUCGGCUGUGUACUCCUCAAGCGCAUUAAAGGUGAACAGCUGCCUUCUGCUCGAUGGAGCCUGGGUCGCUUUGGACUGGCGAUCAACGCAUUUUCUGUGCUUUACAGCUUGUUCAUUGUCAUUCUCUGCUGCUUCCCACUAACUCUGCCUGUUGAUACUGCUUCAGCCAACUGGGCGCCUUUGAUAUGGGCUGGUGUUAUCAUCAUCGCUGCCAUUGCAUAUCUUACACAUGGCAGGAAGGCGUACACUCCUCCGGUGAACUUUGUAGAGGGUUUCAAGUUGCAGGGAGUUGGUCUUCAACAGUCGUCGUAG